AUGCCGUUCGCACUACCAUUUACAACAGCACCCAGCCCCAACCGUCUCAGCGCCUUGCCCGCAGAACUUCGUCUCAUCAUCUACGAGCUCGUCCUCGCCACCCCAGAGGCCUCACUCAAGACCGAACCAAUUCUGAUGCAAACAUCAAAGACCAUCCGGCGAGAAAUGAUCCCACAGUAUCUCAAGCACUGCAACAACCAACUCAAGGAGAAGGAGAAGCGAGUGCACGAGCAGCAAGCCAGUGUUGAAAAUGCUGCGAAGACGGCGAGUACGGACCAUGAGCGGAUCAUGGUGUUCAUGGGUGAAAUACACCUCGCGUAUAAGAGAAUGAACAUCACUAUGCACGAAGGAGCCCUAAAGAUGAAGAAGGACGCCUUGGAGAGGGAAGAUCUGAGGACGGAGUCGGCUCUGAAGGCACUGUAUCAGUGCGUCUCUAUAACGUGGGAAGAGGCGACUGCGAUUCUGAGGUUGCGGGUGUGA